GACGCCAGAUAUUUCCAGCGGUCUUUAGGACCCGAAAGGAUCCUCGCACAGCCCCACCAUCAAGAGGUCUUGAUGCUGUGUGAUAUUGGUGCCUUUCGCCAGCGGAGCUGUUUCCCCUGAUUCCCAUCGGUAACGGGGACAAACAAGGCACCGAUCACCCCAGCGCCGGGAGCUCGGUCCGGGCGGAGGCAGGGCAGCAGGCAGGUGAUGCUGCUGCUCCGGGCUGUGUCGGUAAAGUUGAGCCGUUAGGGGGCUGGCUUUGGCUAGGUGAAGCCGCGCUCCUCGGGCACCUACAUCCUGCCUCCGAAGACCGCCUUACACGUUUACAACAUUCCAGAGGAAGGAGUCUGGAGGGGGUGGGGGUGCUGGUGCUGGAGCUGGAGGCGAGUUACACGAGGCUGAACUCGCCCCGGAGGAGAAGCCGCGCUGGUCUCACUGGAACUUCCCGCGUCCUCGCUGCAACUUUGUAACUAACCAGGCGCGGUUACAAGUAACAUUGUAACUCUGCCCGCUCCGCUUUCGUUACUUUGUGUCUUUUCCUGCGCCAGUGUGGCCAUGAAUCCGCUGGUGUUCCCCUGCGUGUGUCUGCUGCUGGCCGCGGUGCUCUGUGAGCCGGGACCCCUCACCGAUGUCCUCGUUGACAGAUACUUCAUCCCUGCCGAGUGCUCCCGGGAGGUGCAGACCGGAGACUUCAUCCGCUAUCAUUACAACGGCACCUUCGCAAAUGGGGACAAGUUCGACUCCAGCUACGACCGGAAAAGCACCUUCAAUGUGCAGGUGGGAAGGGGUCGCCUGAUCCCAGGGAUGGAUAAAGCUCUCCUGGGAAUGUGCGUGAAUGAAAGGCGUCGUAUUGUCAUCCCUCCUCAUCUUGGUUAUGGCAGCCAAGGAGUCGAUAACGUCAUCCCUCCAGACUCCACCCUGUAUUUUGACGUUGUUCUCCAUGACAUCUGGAACCUGAACGACAAGGUGCAGACGAAGACGGCAUACAGACCGGCCAUUUGUAACCGCACGGUGCAGAAUUCCGACUACAUCCGCUAUCACUACAAUGGCACUCUGCUGAACGGGACACUCUUCGAUUCCAGCCACAGUCGCAUGAAGACGUACGAUACUUACGUAGGGAUCGGCUGGUUGAUCAAGGGGAUGGAGGAAGGUCUCCUGGGGAUGUGUGUUGGGGAGAGGAGGAUCAUCACCAUCCCUCCAUUCCUGGCCUACGGGGAAGCUGGACACGGUAGCGAGAUCCCUCCUCAGGCUAGCCUGGUGUUCGAUACCUUGCUGCUAGAUCUGCACAACCAGAACGAUACCAUCUCUGUGGAGAACCAGGUCAUUCCUGAGCUGUGCACUCGCAAGAUCGAGUCCGGAGACUUCAUCCGCUAUCACUACAAUGGCAGCCUCUUGGAUGGAACCCUCUUUGACUCAAGUUACUCACGGAAUCAAACAUACGACACCUAUAUUGGGAUGGGAUACGUCAUUGAUGGGAUUGACCAAGGUUUACUUGGAGCAUGUAUGGGAGAGAGACGGAGAGUUGUCGUCCCACCACAUCUGGCCUAUGGAGAGAGCGGAGUCGGCGACAAGAUCCCGGGCUCUGCUGUCCUGGUUUUUGACGUACACAUCAUCGACUUUCACAAUCCAAAAGACACGGUGGAAAUUCAAUCCUACUACAAGCCGGAGAAUUGUAACAAGACCUCCCAGCUCACUGACUUUGUGAGGUACCACUACAAUGCUUCGCUCAUGGAUGGCACCCAACUGUACACCUCCCGUGAUUACGAUGCACCACAGUCUUUGACGCUGGGCUCCACCAAAAUGAUCGCAGGAUUGAGCCAAGGCCUGCUGGAGAUGUGCAUUGGGGAAAGACGGAUUUUGACAAUCCCACCACACCUUGGCCACGGAGAGUCUGGAGCUGGAAACGUCCCUGGGAGUGCAGUGCUGGUAUUUGAUGUUGAGCUGCUUGAGCUGAAGGCUGGCGUCCCAGACGGUUACCUGUUCGUCUGGACUGGAGACGCACCAGACAAACUGCACGAGGAGCUUGACCUCAACAAAGACGGGGAGAUAUUAUAUGAGGAGUUUUCCAGUUACAUCAUGGCGCAGGUUGAACAAGGCAAAGGACGCCUCUCCCCGACCGAAGAACCUGACAAGCUGAUACAGGACAUGUUCGGGAACCAGGACCGUAACAAAGACGGCAAGAUCACUGCCAAUGAGCUGAAACUGAAGACAGAGGAGGACAGUGAGCGCAGUGUGAAGGACGAGCUGUAGAGACUUUCCAAAAAGAAAACUUUCCAUAGCUUCCCACAGCAGGUACCCUGCAAAUACUGCACUGGUUGGAAAGGUUUCCAGCUCCGAUCUGUUACAUGAGUCGCUUUAAUCAGAUUUUAUCUGCCCUCCUUUGCCUUUCCUGAAUUGUUCCUUCCCAGGUUAUUCUGCACUGGACCACCCAGAGUGUUGGGGCAGCAGAAAUUGUUCAUAUUCAAUCCACACAGUUUUAGUGGGGAUUGAGGAGGGAGUGGGUGUAAAAUUCUAAGAAGCUGAAUUGAGCAGCCAAGUGCCUGUGAAAGUUCAGUGUUCUCAGGAGACAGCACUAGGGGUCUGUGCCACUGUGGCUCAGAACUGCCAGUGUUGGCUUGGAAUGGAACUGCCCAGCAUUUCUGAAGCACCCACCACUGACCUCCAUUGCUGUAAAGCUGCAGAUUACCUUCUUGUGUCUGAUGUUCCUUGUCCAGUUUCCUAUGGCUUGUUUUUUUUUGUCCUGUGUGAGUGGAUUUUGUACAGAGUAUUUCUGAUUACCUGAUUUCAUUGGAACAGUGAUCACUUGUUUGCCUUGAUGGUUGGUGCUGUGUAGCGAGGAUACGUGAUGGAGAACUCCCAAAUGUUUGAGAAAGUUUAAAUAAAUGGUUUCUUUU